AUGAAGUUGAAAUAUCAUUUGUUUUUUCUUAUAAUUUUUAUACAAGACAUAUUAUGUUUGAAGUAUGAAGAUUAUAUAAAGUCUUUACCAGAAACUUUUCAUCUGGCAAAGGGUGAUAGUAAAAAGGAUGAGAUGAGGAAAGAAAACAGCAAAGAAGAAAAUGAUAAUAAUAAUAAUAAUAAUGAUAAUAAAAGUAAUAGUAAUAGUAAUAGUAAUUAUAAGGUUGGUAUGCAAGAUAUUGUAAAUAACAUUUCAAACAAAAUAAGCGACGACAAUAAAAAUAAAGAUAAUAAUUCUUAUGAUAAAUAUGAUUGUAAUGAUGAUGAUAAUAAUAAUACUUCUAAUAGUUUAUUUCAUAAAAUGAUGUGUGCUUUUAAAAAGAAGUUAUUUAAAAAUGAACAAGUCAUAGAAAAAGAUAUCCGAAAUGUAAAGAAAGGUGUAAUAAAUUUAAAAGAGAAUGUUGUUAAAGAUAGUUCUAAUAUUAGUAAACAUACUAAUAUAUUAAAAGAUGAUAUUACAAAAAAUACAAAUUAUCUUUUCAAUUUAUUUAAGAAAUCACUUAAGGAAGAAGGAGAUAAUGUUAAUAAAUUUAGUUCAGAUUAUUUCAAUAAAUUAAAAAAUUUACCAGAUAGUCAUUUAUUUUUUUCAAAACUAUUAUUAACAUUAAAUCAAAAUGAUGAUAAAGAUAAAAACAAAAUAACACAUAUAAACAAUUAUUAUAAUAACAAUAUGAAUGAUAACACAGAAAAUAAUACAAAUCUUUUACAAAACUUUCUUUCUUUCAUAAAAAAUGUUAAACACAAAGAUGAAUAUAAUAAUGAUAAUAAUAUAAAAAAAGAAAACGAUUUUUUUCAUUCAUUUUAUUUACAUAAUGAAAAUGAUAAACAUAACAAUAAUAAAGAUAAAAAAUAUUCAUGGUGGUUUACAAAUAAAAAUGAUGAAAAAAAAAAUGUAGAUAAUCAUCUUAACCUUUUAUAUAAUAAUUCAAAUAAUUCAUUUAAUUCAACAUUAAAUCAAAAUCAAACAGAUCAUGAGAAUUUACCUGAACAAGUCAGGGAAAAAAAAAACUCCCAAGAAGAAAAAAAUAAAUGGCUAGAUAUUUUAUGGAAAUAUUUCCAUAAAAAUGAAGAAGAGAUAGAAAAGGAAAUGAAUGAAAAAAAAGACCUUAACGAUAAUAAUAAAAAUGGUGUUAAUGUUGAUGAUCAUAAUUUUAAUGGUUCACACAACCUUGACGAAAAAAAAAAUAAAUUUUCCUUUUUGAAUUAUUGGAAUGAUAAGGAUAUACCAAAGGAAGGUUCUGCUGAUGAGUAUUCACAUGAUAACAACAAUAACAAAACGGAUGAUCAAAAUAAUGAUGACAAUAAAAAAUUUAAUAUUUUUAUGUAUUUUAGAAAGAAUAAAAAAAAUGACGAAGACAUGAAUAAAAAUAAAAAGGAAAUGAACAUGGAAAUGGACAUGGACAUGGACAUGAACAUGAACAAGGAUAUGAACAAGGAUAUGAACAUGGACAAGAACAAUGAAAUGAACAAUGAAAUGAACAAGGAUAUGAAUAUGGGUGAUGAUACAAAUGUUGGUAUGAGCGAUACCUUGAACAAUAAUUUAAAUAAGAAGGAGAUGAACAAGGUAGAUGAGGACCCUAAAGGGUUUGUUUUAAAUUUAGUAAAGAAUUAUUAUGAGAAUAAUAAAAAUGUAGAUAAUAUAAAUUAUUCCUUAUUAUUAACAUCUGACAAAGAAACAAAUGAAAAUAUUAAUUAUCACCCCUUGAUAAAAUUUAAGAGCUGUCUAAUGAAUUGUUUUAACGAAAUAAAUAAUACGGAGAAAAGUGUUGAGAAGGAGAGUUAUUUAUCUCUUGACGAUUAUAGAAUUUUAGAAAAAUGUAUAUCGAAAUGUAAAAAUAAUAAUUUGAAUGAUACACAUAAUGAGGAUCCUCCUAUGAAAAAGGAUGAUACCAUCUUAUACAUAGAAAAAAAAAAUAAAAUCAAUGAUACUACUAAGAAUACGCUUUUAAAUGAUAAUAUAAAUAAUCUUAUAAAUGAGAAUAAUGAAUCUACAGAAAAAGAGACCUCAUCAAAGUGGUCCAAUUUUUUUUUUAAAAAAAAUAACAAGAAUAUAAAAGAUAGUUACGAAGAAAAUAAAAAUAGUAAUAAUCCCCAAGAUAAUAUUUCUGUACUUACAUCUAAUGAAACCAAUUUGGAAAAUUUAAAUAUAUUAAAUGAUAACCUAAGUACACAUCUUAUGUAUGAUAUAGAUAAUAAUAAUAAUAAAAAAAAAAUAAUAAAUAAUAAUAAUAAUAAUAAUAAUUAUAAAAUGAAAAACUUUUUAAUAGAUUCAAGGUUUAAAUAUAGUAAUAAAGAAAAGACCAAGAAUUUUAUACAACAUGAACAACAGGAUAAGAAUAAAAACGUAUAUAAUAAACCAUUACAUUUUUUUAAUUAUUUUAAUAAUUCAAAUAUAAAUACAGAUGAUGAUAAUAAUAUAUAUAAAGAUAAUUUAAUAAUGAAUAAUUCUGCGAAUGAUAAUUUAUUAAAUAAUGAUGACAAAUAUAAUAGUUUGAAAAAUAUAAAUAAUAAUAAUAUUAUAUUAAAUAAAAAUGAUAUAGAUAAUGAUGAAAAUAAUAAUUAUAUAUCAACCGGUUUUUUCUUAUUCUUAUUAUUAAUAACAUUCUUUGUAUACUUAUCAGCAUUCACAAAUAUUAUUAAUCAAUUCUAUUUAUCAUUUAAAGAAAAAAUUUGUUUAUUUAUUAAAGGAAAAUAUAAAGGUACCUUUGAUAAUGUAUACGAAGAAUCUUGUGAAUCCUUUUUACCAAAGGUUCAAUAUAAAAACAGUCACAAUAAUAAUAAUAAUGAUAAUAAUAAUUUCUGUCAAUCAUAUGAAAAUAUAUAUCAUUCGUUUCAAGAAAAUUCACUUGACAUGGCAUAG